UAUACUGUUUCACCGGGACCUUUAUUAUAUCAACUCCUGUGUCCGACCUUCUAUUGAAGAGUUUCCUGUCACAGUUUAGCAACCUUUCCAAUGCUCGACAUGUUUAUAACUAAACUUUGUGCUUCACGUGGUUCGUUAUCAAGUAUAGGCAGCUGUGUUUGGCCUUUGUUCACCCGUUCACAUCGGCACGGCCAGGCUAAGCUGCUCCACACUCAGAUUCCUCAGCUUAACUCUAACAGAGCGUCAGUUGCAUGCUGUGGUCGGCAGAGAUACGAGAGGAUGUAUCCUGUGAUGUUAGUCCGUCCUGAUGGGUCAACAGUCAGCAUCAGAUACAAAGAACCCAGACGCAUCAUAAUGAUGCCGGUAAAUCUGUCUACUCUGUCAGAAGAGGAACGUCGAGUACGGCUGAAGAAAAGAGAAGUGAAGAAGCCUCAAAAACAAACAGGAGUCCAGUAUGAAGAUGAUUUCAAAGUGGACAAAUAUAGCCACUUGUGGAAGAAGAAAUAAGAGUUUUAUAUGCAAAUGCAAAGCAUACUCAUACAGUAUCCAUAAAAAAUAAGUUAUGUGUCUGUGUUUUGUUUUUUGUUUAUUCUUAAGUGAUACUGCAAAAUGUCAGGGAUCACCAACUGAAUUGCGAUUGAGUUGUACUUGGGUAAUGUCCACACCACUUCAGUUUUUAAUCCCCCUUGAAACAGAGACUUCUGGAAAUACUGCUGAACUUGACAGUAUUUUAGUCUGUAAGGCAGAAACAGACAUUUCAAAACAGCAGACAUUGAUUGGCUUCUUGGAUCUUAGUGAGUCCUUUCAUGAUUUGGCAUACCCAUCACAUAAAAGAAAAUGGCCUUGACUAUGGCUACUGAUGAAUUUUAUAUAUUAGUUGUUGAGCAUGCUAGGGGCAUUUUUGCAGUGAAAGGUAGAAUUCUGUUAUGCUACUACUGCAUGAAAGAAGCAUAGAAGGUAUGUGUCCGUGUAUGUUUUCAGUCAUGUUGCUAUGAACAGUAAAAAAAAAUAUAUCUUGUUGUUUUAUGUUGCUGUUUCCUUGUUUAUUUUCAAUAAAGUAAAUUGAAAAGUUAUGUAGACUCAUACCUUUUGGUUAAAAAUAGAAGGGUAGGGGUUUUCAUCAGGAACAACUUGAGUUUCAGUGAGCUUGUGUUCUUCCUACUUUUCCUUCCUAUUAUACUGUAUGUUAUAUUCUCUGCUAGUGGUAGUUUGCAGAGUAGUUGUCAGGUGAAGGCAGUAUUAAAAAAAACUUGUCUGUGGACUACUCUUGGUUGUGCUGUUGUUAGUUUGUCAGUCAGCUGCAGAGAGAAGCAAAGGUAUGUUGUAUAAAGAGCUUAAGAGAAAGUGUUAAGAACAAAAAAGAGAGUCUCCACUCAAACCAUUGUCUGUACUUUAAACAACACUGUCAUAGCCACACUGUUACAAAAUGACCGUGAUGUCAUGUCAUAUCUAUUGCAGGCUGACAAGUCAUUUAAUGAGUGAUGGUGUUGGUUUGCUCAAAAUUGCUGAUGAUUAUUGGUUAGUUAGUCUAGUUAACUGUGUUUUUAUUUUAUUUUUUGUUAAAUGUUUUCAGAUGUAACAUAUCUUUUCUGCAGUCUGAUCUUUGCAGAGCAUCUAAAACACAGCGACCUGAUAUACUGAAGAGUAUAUGAAGCGUUGAGUAAAUUAGUCACGUAUUUCAUAUGCGCAUCCUGUGUAUUUCUUUAAAGAUUAUUUUAUAUAAUUUCAGUGCAAAAUAUACUUCCGUAGACAUUACAACUAUUCAUUGCAAUCUAGUUAUAUGCUAGUGCUAGUGUACUUACUUCACUCUCCAGCAGGUGUCGACAGUGCACCAGUGGGUUCGCCAGACGCCAAAAACCACACGAGCAAUUCUCGCGAGAAUUCGAUUUGUGUCCUUGAUAAGUCCGAAAUGGGGUACUGGGACCUACCGGAAGGUACAGACUGUGUG